AUGACGAGUACGGUCACAUCAACAAAUUUAAUUAAAUACAAGAUUUCUCGCCGCGGAAGAAAGCUUCAAGUUUUUGACGAUCAAAGGACUUUAAUUGCUUUGCCGAAGGAUGUACAGGAGCGUACUUGGGCUGAAAUCCUUCAGAAAGAAGAUGAUGACCUUCUAAUCUUCGAAAUAAGAGAGGAGAUCUUAGAAGAGGCCAUGAGUAUCUGUUAUGAACGUUACAUGGAGAAGCAGACGUCAGCAUUUACAAUCCACAUAGCGGCUCAAGCAUGGCUUAAACUUAUCAAUUGGGAGUUUUAUCGCCACGAUCCCGGGGAAGACUCGAGUGCUUAUCCCCCGUGCUACAUUCCCAAUCGCGUCGAAUCCUGGAUACCGGAUGAACUUCCAGAACCUUCACCCAAAGACACUUGGGCCAAACACGACCUUAAGGUGCUGGAGCAGCCACCCGAAGAGUCUCUAAGGAAAUCCUCCAGUAUUUCUUCAAUAGAGUAUCCAGUGGUGGAAGAAAUACCACCGGAGUAUUGGUACCCCGGCAAAGUGAACAUACCUGAUGAGUGGAAGACGGUAAGAGAAGAAGUUCUGCAAAGGGCCAUCAGUUAUGAUACAAGCGACACGGAGCCAAGUUCGGAGCCGAUCGGUGCUGAAAGCGAAGUUCUGCAGAAAAUCACGGAUUACAGCUCGGAUAAUGUUUCUACUAAACAGGAGUCUAGCUUCAGCGCUUUGAAGACGACGACCCCCGUGGAAGGUUCGUUGCACGGCGCUGGUGACUCUACUGUUCGUCCGAAGAGACGCCUGACUGACAAGAGCAAGUCCUUUAGUAAAGCCAGUAUGCUUGGGCGUUCGAAGGGCCUUCUCCCUCCCUUGGACCUGGGCGACUCCAGGUCAAGAAUGAGCGUCAUAUCUGACUGCAGAUUGAGGAACUUAAGGCUGGACACGCAAUAUGAAAUUUCAUCAGAAAAGGUUGACACACCCCAAGGUGGGGUGGUAAAGAGGAAGUGAAGAACAUUUUGAUGUAACAAAUUACAUGCAAUAAAUUUUAGUAUUUUUCUUCUU